GCCUCGUGCAAUCACUGGCGAAGGACUGUGUGUUUGCAUUCGAUGCAGUCGGCUCAGAUUAAUGUUAAGGUUUGGGGGGGUAAGGAAAAGCAAUGGAAGGGAACAGGGACGAAGCAGAAAAAUGUAUCAAAAUAGCAACGGACGCACUCGCAGCAGGGGAUAAAGAUAAGGCAGUGAAAUUUCUUAAUAAAGCGGAAAAACUGUAUCCGACGAAUAAAGCGAGAGUGCUGCUGGACGCGCUGAUGAGGAACGGGAGCGCCGCAGGGAACGGGGCCUACUGCCGGAGGCGGGAAGACCGCUCCGAGGGCAGCCAAUCACAGCCGGAGCGGGACAGCCAGGGAACGGGAGGAGGAGAGGCAGCCAAGAGCUUCAGCAAGGAGCAGGUGGAGGGGGUGCAGAGGAUUAAGAAGUGCAAGGACUACUAUGAAGUGUUGGGUGUCGAUAAAGAGGCCAAUGAGGACGAGCUGAAGAAGGCCUACAGGAAGCUGGCUCUCAAGUUUCACCCUGACAAGAACCACGCUCCUGGGGCGACAGAGGCCUUCAAAAAGAUCGGUAACGCCUACGCCGUGCUCAGCAACGCGGAGAAGAGGAAGCAGUACGACCUGACGGGAGGAGAGGACCCUGUCGCCCCCGGUCACGGUCACGGAGGGUUCGACUACCACCGAGGGUUCGAGGCGGACAUCACGCCCGAGGACCUGUUCAACAUGUUCUUCGGGGGCGGCUUCCCUUCAACGGCUGCGCACACGUACAGCAAUGGCCGAACGCACCACAGCCAGCAGCACCCCAGCCAGAGCCGCCGCGAAAGGCGGCAGGAGAGAGAUGGUGGCUUCUCCAUGUUCAUCCAGCUCAUGCCCAUCUUGGUGAUGAUCCUGGUGUCCAUUUUGAGCCACAUGAUGGUGUCCACGCCUCCCUACAGCCUCUACCCACGAUCGUCCACGGGACAGAACAUCAAACGACAGACGGAGAACCUUCACGUCAAUUAUUACGUCGCCAGGGAGUUCAAGUCAGAGUACAAGGGGUCAGAGCUGAAGAAAAUUGAGAAGGAAGUGGAAGAGGACUACAUCGCUAAUGUCAGAAAUAACUGCUGGAAAGAGAGACAAACAAAAACGGAGCUGACCUACGCCGCCCGGGUGUACAGGGACGAGCGCCUGCGCAGGAAGGCGGAGCUUAUGAACAUGGAGAACUGCAAGGAGCUGGACAGACUGAACAGCCUGUAUCGAGGAGGAUGAGCCGCCCUUCCUCCCGGCUUUUACAGCGUAAAUAUAUAUAUAUAGAAAGCCCAUAGGUAUACUUUUUUUAAAAGAAUGAUUAAUAUGAACAUAGAUAUGAAGAGAAACGUGAAACAGGCCUUACGGCGGAAGGCCCUCCCUCUGGCUCCUGACUCAUCGUCGUUCACAUAAAGGAAAAAAAAGAAGAAGAAGCUAGCUUAAGAGAAACUGUGAACAGCACCUUCCCUCUCUGUUGCGUGGAGAAGCGUGUUUUUUUUUCGGGAGAAACGCUCACGUGAAGACUGUUGGCUCUCCGCGGACGUGUCUUUUGAAUCUUCCGGUUUGCGGGUUUCGGUUACUUUGCCUGACUUAACAUUUAUUAUUCUUAUUAUUAUUAUAAUUAUUUUGUUUCUUCCUAACACGUGGUUUUGGGGUUUCAUUUGGGGUGCGCACCCCACAGCCUGGAGGGGAUUUCGAGCGGCGCUUUCUCUCUCGUAGCGUCGCGGAGAAGCGCGCGUUCCGGAAGCUUCCAAUGCUGCUCGCCGACACGCAACCGUGAAGGAAACGAUACAGCGGUCGGAGUUUGGGCCGCCUUUUUGGCCAGAGACAGUGCACUGAAUCGCACAGAGCGUUCAUGUCUAACCGUUUAAUUCACUGAGUCGUGUACAAAAUUAUGAUUUUUUUUUUUUUAGUAUCUGAGGUUAUUAUGGAGAAUAAUUGUGGUAAUUAUGCAGAUAUUUAGAAAACAAUGCAUCUUCGUCGACAGAAAAGAAUAUUCGAAUAAAGUUUAACUUAUUACUGUAA